AUGACGGAUUCUCUCAACAAGAUGUCGUCGCUAUUAAAUUCUUCAAUAGAGACCAUAGCAGGAUCUAACCUCUCCUCAGUAGCAUCCAUUACUCGAUCUCCUAGAUCCCAUCCCAAUUCCAUUCCAUCAGCCAUGAGUUUUCAAGACAUCCAAACUGGCCCCAACCCUUCCUCUCGCCGGAACCAGUCCCCUUCGCAGGCCGUCGCCGCCGGAAUUUUCCAGAUCAACACCGCCGUCGCUGCUUUCCGGCGACUCGUCGAUGGUGUUGGAACCCUCUCCUUUAUCAUUUGUUUGUUUGUAAACAGCUCUGGCUCUGGUGAAGAAUCGGUUGGGAUAGAUGUGGAAAGCCAACCUUUUAUCAGAGAGCAGAAGAGGCAAGAGAUACUUCUAUUGGAUAAUGAAAUAUCCUUCAACGAGGCCAUGAUUGAAGAAAGAGAACAGGGAAUUAGAGAGGUAGAGGAGCAAAUUGAACAAGCAAAUGAAAUAUUCAAGGACCUAGCUGUUCUGGUUCAUGAUCAGGGUGUUGUUAUUGAUGACAUUCAUUCAAAUAUUGAUGCUUCUGCUGGUGCUACAACCCAAGCUAGGGUACAGCUAGCCAAGGCUUCCAAAAGUGUGAAAUCCAAAACCUCAUGGUGUUGGUGGGUGCUUGCAAUUUUUGUGGUGGUGCUGGUCAUCUUACUUGUUGUACUCAUUCUUUAGUUUGCAAGUGCAUACAAGCUGGACAGAUUUUUCAUCCCAUAUUCCGUGAGUGUUUUGUGGUGUUGAGAGUGUUUUAACCAAAAGAAAUGGGUUAGAAAGUACUGCACUGCAGUUUGAUACGUUGGCUGCAUUUGCAGAUGGAAGUUGGAAGAAGUUAGUGAGGUAAAGCGAUUUUAAGAAAAGUUGUACUGUAUUUGUAAUGUAAAUUUGCAAUAUAGAAUCUGUAGUUGCUGUUUAGAUAUGAAUUCACAAACCAUUACCAAUUUGUUGACGGCAAGUGCCUUCCCUGUGUGCAUAUCUUAACGUCCAUGCUGUAUUUUGUGUAAAUUCUCCCUUCCAGCCCUCUCUUCUGCAUACUUGUUUAGCUUCCAAUUCAAGUAAUAGUCUGUUUCUGUAUUCAAAUUAAGAUAUUAUAGACUUUUUAAUUACUUAAUUGAAACUUGUGUAUCG